CGGGGCGAGCGGGCGAGGGCGGGGGAGAAUGGCAGUUGCGCCGCUGGUCCUAGACCGCGGCGGUCCGGCCAGAACUGCGGAGGAGUUCGGCGAAGGGGCCGCCUGGACCCCUUGCCCCCGCUGAGAAGGUUCCGCAGCGAGGGGCCGACCUCCGUCCUUCCUCUGGCUUGUACCCCUCUGCGGCCGCGGGAUGGGCCUGCCUGCCCGCCGCCCCGCGCCGCCGCCACCCUGAGGAGGUGAAGGAUAUCUACGACAACAGUCUACUGUAAAUUGAGCUUUUUCAAGAUUCUCUGAAGGAGCCAAUAGGAUUUUCUUACAUCAUGACUUAAUCUGAAUGCAAGAACAAGAAAGUUUUAUAUUUUUAGGUAUAAUGAAGGGCUGUGUAUGAACACUGACCCUGACUCAAUUCUAAUGAGCAUUUUAGACAUGAGUUUACAUCGGCAAAUGGGUUCAGAUAGAGAUCUUCAGUCUUCUGCUUCAUCUGUGAGCUUGCCUUCAGUUAAAAAAGCACCCAAGAAGAGAAGAAUUUCAAUAGGCUCUCUAUUCCGGAGGAAAAAGGAUAACAAGCGUAAAUCAAGGGAGCUAAAUGGCGGGGUGGAUGGAAUUGCAAGCAUCGAAAGCAUACAUUCUGAAAUGUGUACUGAUAAGAACUCCAUUUUCUCUACAAAUACCUCUUCUGACAAUGGGUUGGCUUCCAUCAGCAAACAGAUUGGAGACUCCAUAGAAUGCCCUUUGUGCCUUUUGCGGCAUUCUAAAGACAGAUUUCCCGAUAUAAUGACAUGCCAUCAUAGGUCUUGUGUGGAUUGCUUACGACAGUACCUGAGGAUAGAAAUCUCUGAAAGUAGAGUUAAUAUCAGUUGUCCAGAAUGUACUGAACGGUUUAAUCCCCAUGACAUUCGCUUGAUAUUAAGUGAUGAUAUCUUAAUGGAAAAAUAUGAAGAAUUUAUGCUUAGAAGGUGGCUUGUUGCAGAUCCUGAUUGCAGGUGGUGUCCGGCUCCAGACUGUGGCUAUGCUGUGAUAGCAUUUGGAUGUGCCAGCUGUCCAAAAUUAACUUGUGGGCGAGAAGGCUGUGGAACAGAGUUUUGCUACCACUGUAAACAGAUCUGGCAUCCAAACCAGACCUGUGAUGCUGCUCGACAGGAGAGAGCCCAGAGUUUACGAUUAAGGACUAUACGUUCUUCAUCCAUCAGUUACAGCCAAGAGUCUGGAGCAGCAGCUGAUGAUAUAAAGCCAUGUCCACGAUGUGCUGCAUAUAUAAUAAAAAUGAAUGAUGGGAGUUGCAAUCACAUGACAUGUGCUGUUUGUGGCUGUGAGUUUUGUUGGUUGUGUAUGAAAGAAAUCUCCGAUUUACAUUAUCUAAGUCCCUCGGGUUGUACUUUUUGGGGGAAGAAACCCUGGAGCCGAAAGAAGAAAAUCCUGUGGCAAUUGGGAACGCUUGUCGGUGCUCCUGUGGGAAUUGCUCUAAUAGCAGGCAUUGCUAUUCCUGCCAUGAUUAUUGGAAUUCCUGUGUAUGUGGGUCGCAAGAUCCAUAAUCGGUAUGAAGGCAAAGAUGUUUCAAAGCACAAGCGGAACUUGGCCAUAGCAGGUGGCGUGACGCUGUCUGUGAUCGUGUCUCCAGUAGUAGCAGCAGUUACUGUCGGCAUUGGUGUUCCUAUUAUGUUAGCUUACGUCUAUGGUGUUGUACCAAUUUCCCUCUGCCGAAGUGGAGGUUGUGGCGUUUCAGCAGGCAAUGGGAAAGGAGUCAGGAUUGAAUUUGAUGAUGAGAAUGACAUAAAUGUUGGUGGAACUAACACAGCUAUAGACACAACGUCAGUAGCAGAAGCAAGGCACAACCCUAGCAUAGGAGAGGGAAGUGUUGGCGGUCUGACUGGCAGUUUGAGUGCAAGUGGAAGCCACAUGGAUCGAAUAGGUGCCAUUAGAGACAACCUGAGUGAAACUGCCAGCACCAUGGCGCUAGCUGGAGCCAGUAUAACGGGGAGUCUGUCGGGAAGUGCCAUGGUAAAUUGUUUCAACAGGUUGGAAGUGCAAGCAGAUGUACAGAAAGAACGGUACAGUCUAAGUGGAGAAUCUGGCACAGUCAGCUUGGGAACAGUUAGCGAUAAUGCCAGCACCAAAGCAAUGGCAGGCUCCAUUCUGAAUUCCUACAUGCCACUGGACAAAGAAGGAAAUAGUAUGGAAGUGCAAGUGGAUAUUGAGUCAAAGCCAUCCAAAUUCAGGCACAACAGUGGAAGCAGCAGUGUGGACGAUGGCAGUGCCACCCGCAGCCAUGCUGGUGGUUCAGCCAGCGGCUUGCCUGAAGGUAAAUCCAGUGCCACCAAGUGGUCCAGAGAAGCAACUGCAGGAAAAAAAUCAAAAGGUGGUAAAUUGAGAAAAAAGGGUAACAUGAAGAUAAAUGAGACCAGGGAGGACAUGGAUGCACAGUUGUUAGAACAGCAAAGCACGAACUCAAGUGAAUUUGAGGCUCCAUCCCUCAGUGACAGUAUGCCAUCUGUAGCAGAUUCCCACUCUAGUCACUUUUCUGAGUUCAGCUGUUCUGACUUGGAAAGCAUGAAAACGUCUUGUAGUCAUGGGUCCAGUGAUUAUCACGCCCGCUUUGCUACUGUGAACAUCCUUCCUGAGGUAGAGAAUGACCGUCUGGAAAAUUCACCACAUCAGUGUAGCAUUUCUCUGCUUUCCAAAACUGCUUCAUGUUCAGAAGUUCCACAACCGAGUCACAGUGCUGAAGACCAUGGCAACAGUGGAGUGAAACCCAGUGUGGAUCUGUACUUUGGUGAUGGACUGAAAGAAACAAAUAACAACCACUCACAUCAGAUGAUGGACUUAAAAGUUGCAAUUCAGACUGAAAUUUAGGCCCAUACGUGCUGCAAAGUAAUAACCACUGAAACCUUGUUUGGAGCUGGUUCAACUAUAUGUGACUCUUUAGUUUCAAGUUACCAGCAAAAGCCAGGUUUCAUAAUCAUAAUGCAGAUGCAUUUUAUGUGUUCAGAAAAGCAUUGUGUUUCAUGCGGAUGUUAAUUACCAAACUAUGAAAUGAAGGCUUUAAAAGUGCAUUAUUGUAAGAAUAAUAAACCUUAUGAACAAGGCAUGUUUUGUGUGCUUGUCACAAAACAUUACCUGUGAUUACCUGAGGCACAUACCUGUGUAUUUAGAUAGAAAUUUGGCUUAAUUUAUAAUCACAAAAUACUAAUGCUCUUCUACAGCAUUCUUAAUGAAGAAUUGAGGCCUGGGGAUAAGUGGUUAGUGACAUUUUAUUGAAACCACUAAGGGGUAGUGUUGAGAAGAACUUGGCAGUUUGCUCAGUAUAUGAUCCUCUGUAACGUUUCUCUUCAUAACGGGCUUCAGUUUCAUUUCUUUUUUCAUACGCAGUGUGGAUAUAUAAAGCUAAUGCAGCCCAUUGGUAACCAUUUGGAUACUUGGACACAUGAGCAAGAUUGUGGCAGUUUUUGCACAACUUUAAAAUAGAAAUACUUGGUACUCUAUAUAUCUCAUGUGUUGUUGAUGCCAUUUUAGAAGAAAAAUGUACAAGUAGGUAACUAAGUAGACUGACAGCAACAGACAACACACACAACCGCAAAAUAAAAUCCCACUAGGUUAUAAGUAUUUUUUUUUUAAAGUCACCUUUUAUUAAGGGGACAUUUGUACGCGUUGGAUUCUUGGUGCCUUUGGGAUAGACUGGGUUUUGUGGGCCUAGUCACUCAAGGUUUCUACUGUACCAUUUUCCAUAAUGUCUUCUCUAGUCACCUUGAAUUCUAUAGAAAAUACAGGAAAUAGAUAAACAUGAUUGUGAUUAGUAACAAUGUUGAAAAAGUAUUCGCCUACCAAAGACACACUCAGGCUUUAGUAAAUUUAACUUUACAUAACCUCAAUUUUUAGCGUGUGUAUCUUUUGAAUUAUAGAAUUAAAGCAGUGCAGAGCUUGUACCAAGCUUAUCCAAAAGGUCUACGUAUGGUUGGCUUUAUUUCCUUUUGCUUUUGUUUAUGGAAGAUGCUCAGCUGACAUAAGCAGAAGUUGGCCAAAAUACUGCCUGUGCUAUUCACUUCCCAUGUGAUGUCUCUUAAAGCAGGUUAACCUCAAUGAUAGCAGUUAAAAUACUCCACCUUAUGUGUUUCUUUUAAGUAUUACCAUUAUGGUGCUACUGAGCAUUUUCUUUUGAUCAAAAAGGAAAAUGUCCUGGGCUGCAGUUUUCUUCCAUCAGUUUCUUCACCAAGUCCAUAAUGUGCUUAUAACACUAGUGCCAGUUAUUUUGUUUGAUAUUGCUUAUUAUGGUAUUUGUAUAUUUGUUUGCAUUCCAGUUUUGUUCAAUAAUGAGUGUAUAAACUACAUACAUGAAAUAAAUGUAAAUACUACC